CAUGUCGGAAAUGGUGUGACGUAACGGUUGUGACGUACAUUUCGGCGCCUGUUUAAAUCCAGCUUUAGUAGCUGUGGCUGCUUAAUGUGACAAUUUGCAUAUUAUCGUUUUAAACGUUUCACUGUCAGUAACUGACGGAUUCACGUUCCCGCUUCGCACGUGGAGCGAUGGAUUAUGGGAAAGAGAGAGUAGUGGCGCUGGUGGACAUGGACUGUUUUUACGUUCAAGUGGAGCAGAGGCUGAAUCCAGAGCUGAAGAAUAAACCGUGUGUUGUGGCGCAGUAUAAGACGUGGAAAGGAGGCGGUAUCAUAGCUGUGAGCUAUGAGGCCAGGGCCCAUGGCGUCGGCAGGAAUAUGUGGGUAGAUGAUGCAAAGACGCUGUGUCCAGAUCUCCAGGUGGCACGAGUGCGUGAGUCCCAUGGCAAGGCAGACCUCACACAUUACAGGGAUGCCAGUGUGGAGGUGAUUCACGUGAUGUCCCGCUUUGCUGUGAUUGAGAGAGCCAGCAUCGACGAGGCAUACAUGGAUCUGACUUCUGCCGUACAGCAACGUCUGAAAACUAUGGCCGGUGGACAGAUCGACCCCAAACUCCUGAAGACGACCUACAUUCAGGGUUACCCUCGAAGUUCCACUGAACUGGAAACAUCUGCUGAGGGUUCUGUUCUGGAUAAAGAGGAGCACAGAUCCAGAGGUCUUCAGGAGUGGCUGACGUCAUUACCCCAUAAUUCAUCUGGUGAUAAGAUCUCUCCUGACCUGCAGCUGACAGUGGGGGCGCUCAUUGUCGAGGAGAUGAGAGCGGCUGUAGAGAAAGACACAAGUUUUCGCUGCUCAGCUGGAAUUUCACACAACAAGGUUCUGGCCAAACUGGCCUGUGGGCUGAACAAACCAAAUCGACAAACUGUUCUUCCUUUGGACUCUGUUCCAGAACUUUUCAGUUCACUUCCCAUCAGCAAGAUCCGUAACCUUGGUGGUAAACUGGGAGCUUCCAUCACAGAAGCUCUUGGAGUGGAGAACAUGGGGGAUCUAACUCAGUUUUCUAAGGCUGUGCUGGAGCAGCACUUUGGAGACAAAACAGGCCCGUGGCUGUUUGACCUUUGCCGUGGGAUCGAGUUUGAAGCAGUGAAGCCCAGACAACUUCCUAAGUCCAUUGGCUGCAGUAAAAACUUCCCUGGAAAAACUUCGCUGGCCACCAAAGAACAGGUCCAGUACUGGCUUCAUCAGUUGGCUCUAGAGCUGGAGGAACGUCUGACCAAAGACAAAGACGUGAACGGCAGGGUGGCCAAGCUCCUGACUGUUGGUGUGCGUCAGCUGGGAGAUAAGAGGCCGAACAGCUUCUCCCGCUGUUGUGCUUUAUCCAGAUAUGAAGCCGACAGAAUAUGCAGCGACAGCUUUGCCAUUAUUAAAAGCCUCAACACAGCAGGAAGUCACCAGGCGACGUGGACUCCACCUCUCACCCUGCUCUACCUUUCUGCCAGCAAAUUCACCGACACUCCAUCAACAGGGGGAAUCAGCGGUUUCCUGUGCAGUGACGUCAGUUCGACUCAGAGCCUUCCAGCCGCCACUCGGUCGUCCAACCAGGCGUCCUCUAAAGUAAAAAAGGACGCCACAAGCAAACAGUCUGGUGCCAUUCAGUCCUUCUUCCAGAAAGCAGCAGAGAAACAAAGAGUGAAGGAGGCAAAAGAAGAGGACGAUAAGGACCUCCUGUCCUCGGAGACUCCCACGCGUUCUCCUGCCUCUCACAGGUCGUUUGAGACUGAGGGAGGAGAAGUGACACCUGCCGAAAACGUCUCAACCAGCCCUCGGUCCGACAUCACUUCAGUUUUCCAGAGUCAUGAGAGACAUCCACAGGCUUCAGCCGCAGCAGGACAUGAAUCUGUGGCCGUCAGUGUGGAAGACGACGGCCAAUCAGCAGAGCAGGACAACAACAGACAGGAAGUGCUCAUUGGCUCGGAGGAAAACCAUCAGCUGCCCUCCAGCGUGGCCAGAGAAGACAUCAUCACCUGCGAGCGCUGUGGUCAGGACGUGUCCGUCUGGGAAAUGCCUGAACACAAUGACUAUCACUUCGCCCUGGACCUUCAGAACUCCCUCUCUUCCUCAGCUCCUUCCACCUCCUCGUCCUCCUCUUCCACUGCCUCCCCUCUCGGAGUGGCGGGACAUUCCGCGCGUGGCAAAACUAAAAGCAGACUUCAGUCUGGACCUCAGUCCAAAAGACAUCGCUCUCAGGGCGGGGGCCACGGCACCUUGGACGCCUUUUUUAAGAAGAACCAAUGACGUGUUGAAGAAAACGCCCUUUUAUCUGUAGAGCAGAUCGACAUACUGUACUUCAAAACUCAUUUCCUGAUCAAAGAUUGAUAUUGAUAACAGCAUUUGUAUUAGGAAACAAUAAAAUGAUUUCUUUUUUUAAA